UUGCUUUCUUUCUGUGUUUCAGGUACACCAAGCUAUUUGUCUGAGUCGCCGUAUUCAUGGCGUACAAUUCUAAUAUUUUGGAUACCUGACGGUCUUUGGUUGGUAUUUCCGCUGGCUGUUAUGAUCUGUCUUUGGCCAAAGAUUGUCAAUUUGGCCUAUUAUGUCGAAUGUCCAGCACGUGAUGUGAUAUAA